CAAUAACGGACCAGACCGAGUUGUCUUGGCAACAAUACACUUUAUUUAUGGAAGCCAGCUUUUCCUUUUUUGCCACCGUUUCAAAGUUUGUUUAUUGGCAAAUAUGAGCGGUACAACACGCACGGGUCUCGUUCCGACGCCCAAGAGACAUGUGAAAUUCUUCAAAAGGCGUAAGAAUUAUCAUGCUGAUGACUCGCGGAUGCUCAGAUUUGAGGCCAUUCCGAUGCCACUUUCGCUGCGACCCUUCGGCGGACUGUUCAAUCCCUUUGCCAAGGGCUGCUCCGUGCUGUGCAACCAUCCAGCGCCAUCCGGUGUGAAGGAUGUCAUAAAUCAAUUGAAAACAUCUCUGGCCAUCGAAGGAAAAAAUCCCCAGGGUGGCAAGGAAAAGCCAGGGAAAGUGGCUGAUGAAGACCAGCUAGAGCCGCACGAAACGGACAACAUCCCCGAAGAUCUAUUCCGGCGCUAUGCUGAGACGGAUUCCCGUCCAAUGACGCCAACUCCAACGGUGACCAGUAUCCACACAAGGACCAGUGCUGGCUCCUUUUACCGUCGUUGCAUCACCCCCGAAUGGGGCAAGCACGAGAACAUCAAGAGAAAGAAAAUCAUAUUGGAUCUCAGGCGAUCGCACUCCCAGGAGACGCUGUACUGGAAGCCCAGCUCGGAGCUCACCCAGAGCGGCUUGGAGGAGGAUAAAAAGCCCAGAAGCGCCGGGGCCAAUGCCCAUGAGGACAAGAGGCCCAGGCGACAGCAGUCCAACGAGCAGCGACCCAAGUCAUCUCUGGCCACUGCCAACCUAGCACCAGGAGUGGAUCCCAUCGGUGGGCUGGAGGGCGAGCCCAAGACCUGCAUCAAUGAGCACGAAUUGAGCGACGAGGAUGUGCGCAGGGGUAAAAAGCGCAAAAAGUUAAAGCCAACUCAGGCCACCACCACCUUUCACUUGAGCGAGGAUCCGGAGACACAAGUAGCCGCCCUGGGACCAGACUCACUCAAUCCCAGCACUAGACCCAGUCUGAUUCCCAAUUCGGUGAGUCUGCUGCCAAAGGAUAAGCGAGAGAGUGAACGGGAGCCGAUCCUCCUGAAGGGAAGUUUCCUCACAGACGAAGCCUUUCAGGCCCUGAAAACCGAUUUGGAUGUCGAUUUGAUAGAGAAUACUUUUGGCCGAUAUCUCAAUCGUGCUCUAAGAGAAGCCAUCAAGUAUAUGCCCCCCAAGCACAAGAUUGUUCAAAAGGCCCCUGAGGAUAAUCACUCCGCCGAAAGUACGUCUAAGAUGCCACGCAAGUUCUCCAAAUCGGCCACAAGGUUCGAUGUGCCCAUGGAUCUCUCCGUGAUAAACGCCAUGACCCCAUGGGAUUACUUGAGCAAAUACGUGUGGGUCUCCCAGCAGCGUAAGCAGCUCUACAAGCGCGUCUUUCUUAAAUAUUUGAGCCGAUGCGAAGAGCCGGAGAGCGACCUGCCCGCCAUGGGCAUUGAUGACAUGGCUCUGACGGAAUAUAGGUACAAGGAGCGCACACUACUCUGGCAGAGCUUGCCUCAAGCUCUCGAGGAUGUUCUAGAGUUUCACGGCACCGAGAAAAAUGUUCGUAAUACACUCAAUAUGCUGGGGUAUGAGCAUGACCAGAAAGGAACCGUUGAGUUGGACUUUCGUGCCUGGUGCGGCAUUGUGUCGUUUGCUGAACGAUUGGCGCUGGCCGAUGAUUCAGGAUCGGAUGAUUCAUGCGACGAAUUGGAAAAAGCGGAUUUCAACAGUAUGGAGCAGAUAAUGCACCAAUUCAAUGUGCCAGACAAAUUGGCUAAAAUCUUUAGUGUAAUUCGCAAAACGCAUAAAAUAAAAUAUUAAAUU